AAGAGGAAACCAUAAGGCAUAAGCGUGGUAUUUCUUUUGGGAAUCUCCGCGGCUUCUCUGACCUAAAGACCUUCGGAGAAAGCUAACUUGAACGUCAAUGGCUGUUCCCGGCAGGCGUAACGGCGUCGUAGACGAAGACGAUUACGAGGAAGACAAUGCUCUCUUUGAAGAGGACGGUGUUAUUGAAUUCGAUUCCGAUACGCCCCCUCACCUCCGCCCCCUAGCUACCGCCUCCCAGCUCGGCGACGUUGAUGGCCUUCGCACCGCUCUAGAUAAUUUAACGGUGGGAAGUAUAAAUGACGCUGUGGAAGAUGGGGAUACUGCUCUCCACCUUACCUGUCUCUAUGGCCAUCUGCCAUGUGUUCGGUUGCUGCUUGAAAGAGGGGCAGCCUUGGAGGUUCAAGAUGAAGAUGGUGCCAUUCCUUUGCAUGAUGCUUGUGCAGGGGGUUUUGUAGAGAUUGUUCAACUCCUAAUAAACAGUGCUAACGACACAGAGUGCGUGAAGAGGAUGCUAGAAUCAGUUGAUGCGGAAGGUGACACUCCUCUUCAUCAUGCUGCAAGAGGCGAGCAUGCCGCAGUCGUAAGGUUACUGCUAGCUUCAGGCGCAUCUCCCACAAAGCGAAAUACAUACGGGAAGGCCCCAACUGAGCUUCCCGAUCCAGGGACAGAGGCCAGGGCAAUUUUGGAAGCUGCUGCUUCUGCCCACAUGGCGAUGGGGUGUCAGUAGGCUCCAUCUUGAUAAGUGCUUCAAAAUGACUUCACUAAUUAUUUUUUGGCUUUGCGGUUUUGGUUUUAGUCUGUAGCUUUGUUGAUAGUGUUUUGACUUUAUUUUACUAUACUCUACAGAGUUGCUUUGAGGCUUAGAUGUGAAAUAUUUAUAAUAUUGAUUUCUGGUGUGAUAGUCGUUAUUUUAGAAUCUCCUUGGCGACAUUAAAUUUAGUAAUAUUGGAGUAAUUCAAGUUA